AUGUUCAGGCAAUCAGACCCCAAACUGCCCUUGGGCGAUAGGACCAAACUGCCGUCAAAGAGUAAUCCUGUCACACCAACCAAAAAAAUAAACAAGAUUUCUGUAUCAGACAAGGGUUUCAGUAUAGGUGACAUUACGAAAAGAGAUACCAGCCCUGGAUCGCCUAGUAGAAAUGGUAUUACUCGCUCACAUUGGAAACAGUCACAACUGCAAUCACAACUAACUUGCAAGUUAUGUGGCAAGAGAUUGAACGUUAAGAAUGGCAUUGUCAAUUGUCGCAAAUGUGGAGAUUUAUUUUGCAAUGAUCAUACUCAUUAUCGUGUCAAACUAAGAAACCCUGUUGGGGAUGAAAGGUUACCACAGUAUGAGUCUUCAAAAGAUGGAAUUUGGUGUCGAUGUUGUGAAACGUGUUUUGAAGGAGGUAGAGUGACUGAAGUGAACUUCCGAGAUCGAACAAUGGAGUUUGUCAACAAACGACAAGAGCAAUUGGAUUUGAACAAAUUGCAUCGGACCAAAGUGCAGCGUAAUUUCAUCAAGUUGGCUAAUUUGAUGGUGGAAAAGAAAAGUGUUGAAAAGAGGUCGAUUUUGUCGUUGUUUCAAAUGGUUGAUGAUGAUGAAAAGAGCAUCACUGGAGCCAAUUGGGCCAUGGAUAAUAAUGUGACCAAUUGUACCAUUUGCUUCACCAAGUUUAACUUUCUCAUUAGAAAACAUCAUUGUCGUCUUUGUGGGGAAAUCGUGUGCGACGAUUCCAACGGCGUACGACGUAACUGUUCCAUGUUUGUUCCAUUAUCAGUUUUUGUUGAGAAGCUACCCAACUUAAACUACUCAGCUAAAUUUAGAGACGAGUUUGAUCUUCGUGAUGAUGAUCUACGAUUCAGAUGUUGUGUCAAUUGUAAAAACUCACUAUUACAUGACUGGAAACGAGAAUAUGACUCUAAUGACUUCCACUAUGAAGAGAUUUUUGCCCUAUAUGAAGGUAUGCUUGCCCAAAAACAGUAUGUUGAGAAAAUCAUGCCUGCGUUCGAACAAGGAACAAGUACAGAAGAUGAGGCUAAAACAGGCCACAAGUUGACUAUGAGUUUAAAGGAUUUGGAGAAUCUGAUUCUCUAUUUCAAGAAAAAGUUCUUUUACAAGGAAAAUGAGACGUUGUUAGUACGUGAGGAGUAUCUUCAGUAUAACAGGAUCUUGUUGAACAUUUAUCAAGGGAUGGGUACUUUUCUUCACGAUAAUUUGGUGGAGUUUAAAGCCAUUAGUGAUAAGAACAAACCACAACAAUUGAAACCAAAAAAGGAAGAGACAGCAGUGGCUCCCCGAUUAACCAAGAAACAAAUUCGUGAAUUGAGAGAACAGUUGAUGGUUUUGAAUGAACAAAAAUUCUUGGUUGAGAACCAAAUUCAACAGUUUACCAAAGAUCGAAAAUUCGAUGAGUUGGAUGCAUUGAUUAUCAACAAAGAGGAGAUAUCCGACACGAUAAACCAAUUGGAAGAGGAGUUGGGCGAAUUUGGGUUUUAA